UGCCGAAGGAUCUUGCUUGCAAAAUUAAAGAAUCGUCAUCCAAAGUGUUCAAUGUAUUCAAGAAAUCAUGAAGUGUUUUGUAUUGCUGAUAACAAUUGCCAUUUGGCAUUGCGAACAAGUAACAGGCAAUUCUGUGAGUCAACGGAAACCUCGGUCACCGAUAAAUCCAUUAUAUUUUCAAUUGAAUAUCCGUUCUUGCGGUACCGUGAUGAAAUACCAGAAGAAGUACACCCAUUUUUACCGUUUUAUAAAGUCUUCUUGAGAACAACAACAAAGAAACCAGAACAUGCAACUAAAGGUGAAAGUAACGAGGAAGGAAGGAAACUUACAAGCCACAUACAAAAAAGGGAAAUCGAUCCUGCAUUAACAAAAUUAGCAAAAGACAAAUUUGAAGACAUUAUUGAAGAUGAUACAACAUUAUAUGAGAAUAUUCAAAAAAAUAAAACUAAACAUAUAAAAGAAGACAGCGUAAGAGAUCGGUUUAAAGAAAACUAUAUAAAAUUAAUAAUGAGUCCCGUAUGGUCUAUGAUAAAUUAUAUAGCAAUUAAUUAUCUUCACGACAUGAAUCUUAAGAAUGUUCAUACAUCUUAG